CUUUUCCAUUAAAAACCAUUUUUUUAUAAUCAGAUUUCCUCCUUUUCUUUCUUCUUCACCUCACAAAAGUUUUCUAAUAAAUCACUUUUUUGCUCACCGGAAAGUCCUCUUUUUUUUCCCGAUCAAGUUCAUCGGAGUAGCACCGACGUGAUCGUAUCGGCGAUUGACGCUAACUUGCACGCGCUACGAAAUAUUCUAAACCCGGUCAGUUUCUCCGGUGCCGGUGGUGGUUGAAGUUAACGUGCGCAUGGUACAAAAUUGUUAAACUUCGAUUCCUUUAAAAUCAUCUGAGCCGUCCACGUGGAUGGAGACUGUUGAGAACCGUACACGUAUGAGGGAAGAAAUGGGGCCCAGACAGAAGAUGUGGGGUACAUGGGAGGAAUUAAUCCUAGGUGGCGCUAUUCUCCGGCAUGGGAUACAAGACUGGAACGUCGUCGCUUUGGAGCUUCGUUCUCGUAACAUUUACUUCACAUCUCAGGCCUGCAAAGCCAAGUAUGAGGAUUUACAAAAGCGUUACGCGGGCUGCAAUGCUUGGUUUGAAGAGCUAAGAAAGAGACGAGUUGAAGAACUGAAGCGAGAAUUGGAGAAAUCGGAAAGCUCAAUUGGGUCUCUCAUCACAAAGAUUGAAAGCUUGAAGGCUGAGAAAGAACGGUCUUCUCAGAUUAAUUAUGGUUCCUGUAUUCACACUGAAUCUCCCGCUCAUGUAAAGUCAGAAUGCAUGGAAUCUAUUCGCAAAGAUGGCAUAUGCGCUGGCAAUUUCAUGCUAGAGAGUACUAGGACCAACUUUUCGCCUGAGCUUGAGAGUCCUGCAGUAGCUUCGGCUAAUGAGAUAGACUCAAAGCUAGAAUGCUCGGAGUCUUGUGAGCCAGAUGAAAUACUAAACAUAAGCAAUCAAGCAGAGACUACCAAUGGAAAUGGAAGAGGGGCUUUGAGUAAGAGAAAAGGUAAGAGAAAAAGGAAAGACGUCGUUUCAGAUGUCAAAAGGAGUAUUCAGGAGAGCGACAAUGUGUGCUCAAUCAGUGGCAUCUCCCCUUCCAACGGUAAGGAAACAUCAACCAGUUGCGACCCAAGUAUUAAGCCUACUGCAACAGAGGAUGAUAAAGAAGGAUUAUCUAGGUUGAUGAAUGAGGAUUUGAUGGCAAUUUUCAAUUCCAUUACACAGAAUGAAGCGGCUAUGGUCUUUAGGCAUCGUCGUGAUAGUCAGAAGAGAGCUAAAUAUAUGGAAAUGAUCAAGCAGCAUAUGGAUAUUGAAACUGUAAGAUCAAGACUAGUCAGCUGUUCCAUCAAAUCACCAGGUGAACUCUUUAGGGAUUUACUUUUACUAGCAACCAACGCCAUUGUAUUUUAUUCGAAGAGGACGACAGAACACAAGUCAGCUGUGGCUCUCAGAGACGUCGUCACUAAAGUAUAUCAUGACCAUUAUAAAAGCUCUUACCACACAACUACUUCUUCUCAGCUCACAUUCUCAACAACAGGUAAUCUGCCCGUGAAGCCAAGAAGUGCUCGCCCUCGUCCCUCCAAAUUCAAACUUCAAUCCACUUCUUGAAACAAUGUAAAUAGCAUUGCAGGAAUCAUUCGAUGAGAUGAUCAUAAACAAAGUGAUGCUGAUUUCGAGGCUCGAUUGUAGUCAUUGUUAGCUGCUAAGAAAGGGUACAACAGACAUGGCAAGCCCGUGUGUGGAUCGGUUGAUGGAUCUGUUAAUCCAAGAUACACGACUUAAAACUCCGUUUGAGGAGGAACAUUGAUCUCUGAGGUGGUAACAAAGGCUAGUAAUUAAAAGAGUUCGCAGAGGUGAUUUGCAGGUUGCUUAGUCCUCUUUUUCAUGUACAAAGUUUCUUCCCCCAUUCCCCAACCCUAUACCUUUCAUGGUCAUUUUGCAACUAGACUCCAAAUGUGAAGAUCAUUUCAAGUUAAUACUUAGUUCCAAAUUCAGUUAGACAUUUAUAAAAUGGAGACUUCUUCAUUGUUAAAGCUCUGAGUAUAUAUGCCAUUUCUAAAUUCUGAAUCA